AUGCCGCAUGGACUUACACUUGAAGAAAUUCUAGCAGAACUAGAGAACCAUCAAGAGAGUGACGACGAAGAUGAUGACAUGGAAUUGGCGAUUAUUCCACCCGAUGCAGAUGUAAUAACAGAUGAAGAAGACAUUGGCGGAAAUGUACUGAACAAUGAGUCUGGAGCAGAAAGUGGUAUGUUAUCUACAAAAAAAUAUGAAUGUAAGUGGUAUAAAUGUCAACCAACGUACACAAACACUAGUGAACCAGGGAAGAGCAACGAACAUUAUGUUGCGGAAUGUCUAGCAAAUAAGACAGUGCCCCACGUGUUUGAGGAUUUUUUUUCUGAGAAACUAAUGGAUACUAUUAUUGAACAAAGUGAAAUCUAUGCUUGCCAACAUAACAAAAUAAAUUUUCUGAUAACCAAAGAAGAACUAAAAUCAUUUAUUGUCAUACUACUUCUGAGUGGUUAUCAUAAGCUUCCCCAUGAGAAUAUGUACUGGAAACAGGCUCCUGAUGUCGGUGUUUCUUUAGUCUUCAACUCCAUGUCAAGAAAUAGGCUUUGGGAAAUGAAGAGAUUCAUUCAUCUCAAUGACAACUCCAAAUUAGACAGAAACGACAAGAUGUACAAACUGAGGUUGUACUUUGAAAUGCUGAAAAAGGAAUUUGGUAAAUGCGGCGUAUUUCAUUCAGAACUCUCAAUUGAUGAAAUGAUGGUACGUUAUUAUGGCAAACAUUCAGCUAAAAUAUUUCUGAGAGGAAAGCCUAUCAAAUUUGGAUAUAAAAUUUGGUGUCUUACAAGUUCUAAUGGCUUUCUUCAUAAUUUUUCGCCAUACUGUGGCAUGGCAAGACUGACAACAAACAGGAGCCUUUAG